AUGCAAGCCUACUACCCACCCCCGCUAUUCCAAGAUGAUGCAGAGCAGCCCGGAUUUUGGGCCAAUGCAGCAGCCAACGGAGACAUUUGGACUAAGAGUAUCCAGCUCCGCCGGAAGCCGGAUUUCGUCCUUUCUGCUCUACUCCAGCUUCCACUCCUUCGAGAACCAGCCACGCGCCUCGAAACUUCCAGCAACUCGUUCCUGCUCUUGGUCAAAAGUCGGACUUGGCAUGCCUUGGGCUUGCUCGCUCAAGCAGUGGGAACGAAGAUGGACGUCGAACAGCAGUGUCAAUGUUGUCAACGGGGACACGGCCAAUUUGUGUCUUGUGUUAUGGUCCUCAGCCUUCAACAUCUGAUGCCAGGAUGUGUCAACUGUUAUUGGGGCAAUCGGAGGAACAAGUGCAAGCCCGGGAAGACCCAUCCUGUCCCUACCCCGAACUUUCCUCACGCUGCCAUAGAUGCAGUGCCUACGAUCGCCAGCCCUGCUGAGAGCAUCCCCAUGGAAAGUCCAUUCACUCCCAUAGGAAGUCCAUUGAUUCCGAUGGAAAGUCCCUUCAGUACGAUAGAAAGCCCUUUUAGUGUGAUGGAAAGUCCCUUCAGUUCGAUGGAAAGUCCCUUCAAUUCGAUGGAAAGUCCCUUCGGUGCGAUGGAUAGUUCCUUCAGUGCGAUGGAAAUCCCAUUCAGUUCAACAGAAAAUCCAUGCAUUCCCGUGGAAGGUCAUAGCCGGAGUUACGAAGAGCUUGAGCAUGCACUGGAGAUGGAACUUCUGGCGAAGAUGGAAUCGCAAUUGAAAUAUGUGUUUGCCAAGAGGCGAGUCAAGGACGCCUUGGCUGCGCUCAAUGUGCACGACGAGCGCAUCCAAGAUCUCCUUUCCGCUAAGCGGAGACUUCUGGAUUGA